GGAGUGGCUUUUUUUCUGUGACCUCAGGGUGCGCCCUGAGCGGCUGACACGCAGAGCUGCGCAAUGAUCGAGGGUGAGCGCAUAGGUGGGAUCUGGAACAAUGGGUGUGUAGCGACGGCAGAGACACAAGAACCACACAAGAGCCUCUGAUAGACGUUUUGAUUCGAUUUUUUGUGAGUGAUUAGGAUGUCCAAGCGAGUCCGACCCGGCUAUUACCGCCAGGACGUCAACAAAACCUCAUGGGAAGUACCGGAGCGGUACCGGGAGCUGAAUCAGGUGGGGACGGGGGCGUACGGGGCGGUAUGCUCGGCGGUGGACUCCAGGACAGGAACCAAAGUGGCGAUCAAGAAGCUGUACAGACCUUUCCAGUCGGAGCUCUUCGCCAAGCGGGCCUACAGGGAGCUGAGGCUGCUCAAGCACAUGAAACAUGAAAACGUGAUUGGCCUCUUUGAUGUUUUCACUGCUGACCUCUCUCUGGAUAGAUUCCAUGAUUUUUAUCUGGUGAUGCCAUUCAUGGGGACGGAUCUGGGGAAGGUGAUGAAGCUGCAGCGGCUGUCUGAAGAGAAGAUUCAGUAUUUAGUUUAUCAGAUGCUCAAAGGGCUCAAGUAUAUACAUUCUGCAGGAAUAAUUCACAGGGACCUCAAACCAGGAAAUCUUGCCAUCAACCAAGACUGUGAGCUCAAGAUCUUGGACUUUGGUUUGGCGCGGCAAGCAGACAUCGAGAUGACCGGGUAUGUGGUGACCCGCUGGUACAGAGCCCCGGAGGUCAUCCUGAGCUGGAUGCACUACACGCAGACGGUGGACAUUUGGUCUGUGGGCUGCAUCAUGGCAGAGAUGCUGCAAGGAAAACCCAUUUUUAAAGGCAGCGACCACCUAAAUCAGCUGACUGAGAUCAUGAAAAUCACAGGAACACCGACCCAGGAAUUUGCAUCAAAACUAGAAUCUGAUGACGCCAAAGGCUACGUCAAAAGCCUUCAAAAAGUGGAGAAGAAAGACCUUCAGAAUGUGUUUCCUACAACUAAUCCACAAGCCGUGUCCGUGCUGGAGCGCAUGUUGUUGCUCGACCCCGAGAGCAGGGUAACCGCUGCAGAGGCGCUCGCGAUGCCGUACUUCUCCGAGUUCAGAGAACCGGAGGAGGAGACGGCAGCGCAGCCGUACGACAACUCGUCAGACAACGCGGACCAGUCCUUGGACCUGUGGAAACGUCACACCUUCACGGAGAUCUUAACUUUUAAACCGGUUGUGCCAGAUUCCAAGGAAACUGCACUGUGAGACACACACACACAGUGUUUUGGCGAGACCAGAACAAAGUAUCGUGUCUUUAAAAUAAAUCUCGAUGUCCACUGGGAGAACGCUUUGAUCCCCAGGCUCUCUGAAUGCCCGUGGAUCCACUUCACAAUUGUCUUAUAAGUGCAAGCUGUCAUGUUUUGGAUUUUUCUCCCUGACGUUAGCAUCAGACCUUUCCAUCGUCUCCUCCAGUGCUCAGGAUGAUAGUCGGGUAAUAAUAUUAUUUGAUGAUAAACUUGCUCAUUAAAUAUGUACGGGGUGUAUUACUUGAGUUACUGAGUUAAAUUCCCUUCAGUGGUACAUUCAGUAUAUCUCGUUUGGGUUUUUUUUUAUUUAGACUAGCGGCUUAUUGUUUUUGUAAUGUUGUUUUGUGAAGUAGCUUCCCCUUAAGUGACUGCAUUUAAAUGGCUUUAUUGGGAUGUGUGUGUGUGUGUGUGUGUGUGUAGUCUACAUGCUGUGACCUCGUUAUUUCUCCCAGAGGCCUUAAGAGAACGACUAAACAAAAACACUCCCCAGCUGCUGAUCGUACGAAAUCCAUCCCAGCAGGUUGUGCACAUUGCAACAUUCACGUUGUGGUUUCACACCAAAAACAGACGAAUCGGAUGAUGUUGCUUUUUGAAACACAGAAAGUAGCACACAACACAUUGUCUAUGUGGAGUUGUGAAUCACUCGUGCAUCUUUAUCAAUAAAGAUUAUCCAACCAAGAUAA